GGAACAAACACAUGUCGAACCAGAGUCAGAGCACUCAGACACGAAAGGAAUGAAAUUAUGUUUGAGCGCGAUUCUCAGGCAAGAGAUACAGAUAGACGUGCUUUGAAGGAUAUUUCAGAAAACGCUGUUUUGUGCGGAGCUGUCCAAGGUGGGGUAGGAUGAUGGGAUGAAGCACCUGUUGCUAUGCCUAUGUCUACAAGGGAAAACGAGGAUGCAAUCUAUCCAUCUCUACUUGGAAUGCUGUCUCCAAAAGUUAUAAGUGGAUUGGCAACGGUGCUACAUGUGUUCCAUUUGUAGGCUACUUCAGAUUUAGGUGUUUUUAUGUUAUAGCUAUACACUUUUUAAGUGUAAAAAUAUAUAACUGCGUUCAGUCAGCAUUACAAGGAAAAUGCAUGUUAUGGAAUUUGAUGUUUAGAUAGCUAGGCUGUAAAUAAUCAGGUUGAUCUGGAAACCGUUAAUCUUUGGUCAAUGAUUUACAAGCCUAAUUCCUAGGAGUGUCCUUUUUAAAUCAAGAUCGUGAUAUGGACAUGGAAAAAGUCAACUGUGUUAAUGAGAUGCAACGAGGUGCUGGGAGAGACGUUCGCGCUGCAGGCUUUGCGGCUCGCUGAUGCCCUGGCACACUUCACGCGCGUCAAUGACGUUUGCUCCGUGGGUAAGACUGGCACGGCUCAGCCUGCUUACUGCGUGUCUUUACUCGUGGCUGGCGGUUCAGGGAUGCGGACCGGGUCCCGGUUACGGCAGUCGCUCCAGGCAGCGCAAGUUGACUCCAAUGUCGUACAAGCAGUUCGUGCCUGGUGUCUCUGAGAACAACCUGGGCGCGAGCGGAAGAGCGGAGGGCAGGAUAACGCGCAAUUCGGAGCGCUUCAAUGAGCUCGUGUGCAACUACAACACUGACAUUGACUUCAAAGACGAGGAGCAUACCAAAGCUGACCGGUUCAUGACCAAGCGUUGCAAGGACUGCCUUAAUAAAUUGGCAAUAGCAGUGAUGAACCAGUGGCCUGGGGUCCGACUCCGAGUAACAGAGGCCUGGGAUGAAGAUGGGCACCACCCCCCAGGUUCUUUGCAUUAUGAGGGCCGUGCUGUCGACAUCACCACCUCAGACCGGGACACCAAAAAAUAUGGCCUUCUUGCGCAGUUGGCAGUUGAGGCUGGAUUUGACUGGGUUCACUAUGAAUCCAAAUAUCACGUUCACUGCUCUGUCAAAGCUGACCACUCUGUAGCAGUGGAGAAAGGGGGAUGCUUUUCAGGAUCAGGACUUGUAACAAUGGCUGGGGGUGUGAAAAAGCCAAUGUCAUGUUUGCGUCCUGGAGAGAAGGUGCUUUCCUUGUCUUGGUCAGGUGAAAUUAUUCUCAGCCGAGUAUUUCUCUUUCUACAUCGGGAUAGUGAAAGCAGAUCCAAUUUCCUUAUUUUUGGCACAGAAAAUGGACUACAAAUAGCACUUACUCCAAACCACCUCAUCUUUGUGGCUUCCAGUUUCAAGCUGCACUAUGAGUAUAGUGCUAUAUUUGCCAAAAGAGUUAGGAUUGGGGACUAUAUACUAACUACUGGAGGGGAUAGAGGAAUUCUGCCAUCCAAGGUAGUCUCCAUUUUAUUGGAGGAGAGGAUGGGGGUUUAUGCUCCUUUAACAGAACAUGGUAACUUAUUUGUUGAUGGCGUGCUGGCUUCCAACUACGCUUCUGUUGAGGAUCACAAACUCGCACACUGGGCAUUUUGGCCUUUCCGCUUCCUGUUUGGCUUUUCCCAAUCAGAGAUAGAAGAGAACUCACAAACAGUCAUACUUAAAAGCAGUGCCAAGGUCUAUAUCUGUUCAACAGAUCUGACUUUCCUCACAAAUGUGACACACAAUAGUUUAGGCACAUCUUCCAGCACAUGCAGCAAACUCCAAGAUGCCACAGUUGGAAUGGACAGAUUUUUGCAAGUCUGUGAUUGGGCAGAUGGCCCAAAAACAGUUUACUGGUAUGCAAGGCUUUUGCACACAUUAGGACAAAUAUUUCUUGACCCUCAAAAGUUUUACUGAUGGUCAAAACCCAGAAUAUGUGGACUUAAUACCAACUCAAUAUUUUUUAAACUACUGACCAAAAAGGAAAUGCAAUAGGCACUAAAGUUUGUAUUAAUCACCAAAUAUAACAUGCAGUUGCAAUUAUUUCACUCUCUGUAUGUGGAAUUUUUGUUGCAAUUACGCAUGUAAAAUAUUGUGUAACUAUUUUUUUUUUUUUUUAGAUAUGAACAUGAUCUCAUUUAAUAUGAUCUCCAUAUAUACAGUUUUGUGAUUUAAAAUGCAAAUUUGUAUUGUUAUGUUUGUCUGUCAAGGAAAUAUUUCAGAGAGUAAUAAAUAUUUAUUUUUAUACUUUUGGAUUCAUAAUAUAUAUAUAUUUCUUGUUAAACUGUAUUCAUGUAGUUUUGAUUAUGGCCUGAGGCCCUUUGUUAU